GCACGAGACAAGAUGCGGAACAAGUUUUGUCCCUCUUGUAGCAGAUCAUUACCUCACGCGAAAUUUCUGCUUUGUUAUGUAUGAGGGGAAAAUUCGACUGACUAAUUGGACUUCUUGAGAAGAUGGCGCGUCAUGACGAUAUGGCACUUUCUCACUUUGCAAUAGCAAAUACAUAGAUACAUAUUGUUGGAAAUAUAUAAGAGAAGGCAUCUCUCGCCAAUAUGUCUGAAUCAUUUUCAUUUCACACCAUAAAUCUACGCAUCUAAGUAAUACUCAACCCUUCAACUCACAGGUUCAACUAUUCUUCACAGCUAGUCACAAAUAAAUAGCAAUGGCAGCCACUGCAGACACAUCUAAAACAUUCUUCCCUCUCUCCGGCCUUGGAGGCGACGGGUGGUCUACCGAAGACGAAGCCACAGCUACCUGUUACUGCGGCGCAGUCCAACUCGCAUUCCCAACCCAUGGCCCAGGUUACCAAGGCACAUUCGUAUGCAACUGCUACGAUUGCCGCAAGAUAACGGCCUCAACAUUCGCAUCCAACUUCACCAUCGCCGACACCCACCUCAAGCAUGUCCGUGGGCAAGAAAAUCUCAAAACCUUUGGCCAGGCAGAGACUAUUGGGUUCGGGAAGACCAUGACGAUUUAUUUCUGCCAGACUUGUGGCACGCUGAUGUAUCGUGUUGGGGCUGCGUAUCCUGGUGUUAGAUUUCUCCGUCUUGGAACGGUGGAUGAUUUUAGUUUGCACGAGACGAAAUUGCGGCCGACUAUUGAGCAGUUUGUGAAGGAUCGUGUGAGCUGGGUGCAUGGUGUUGAUGGGGCGAAGAAGUUUGAGGGAAUGGCAGAGUUUUAAGGAGGAUUUUGAAGGAAGACUUAGGUGUCUGGGGUAGCAUGGGAUGCAUGCAGAGUUCAUUGAUCCGUAUUCGUCUUCUUAUUUCCAACAUCCAAAAAGGAAGGCUUGAUUCGCAUUGAACUCACACCCACUUUCGUCCUUUCUGUCUUCGUGCUGAAUCAUCCGCGAAUCUCUG